GUGAGAGAGAGAGAGAGAGAGAGAGAGAGAGAGAGAGAUUCUCCACGCUGCGCUCGUUUUCUAGACUCUCAUUGUGUGGGUCUCGCUGUUUGGAAACAAGAGCUAUUGCAGCUCAAAAAGAGAAAAAGAAGUGAAGAGGGCAGCAGGAGAGAGUGAGAGAAAGAGAGAGUGUGUUCGUGCACAGGCUUUGCAGACUGCAGGCCCGAGUGGACAGUGCUGCGAGAACCGGCGCUACACACACACACACACACACACACACACACACAGACAUGGCUAACAUCGCCGUGCAGAGAAUCAAACGGGAAUUUAAAGAAGUUCUCAAAAGCGAAGAGACGAGUAAAAAUCAGAUCAAGGUGGACCUGGUGGAUGAAAAUUUCACAGAGUUAAAAGGGGAGAUUGCAGGACCUCCAGACACGCCAUAUGAAGGUGGCAGAUAUCAGCUAGAAAUCAAGAUCCCAGAGACGUAUCCAUUCAACCCGCCGAAGGUGCGGUUUAUUACAAAGAUCUGGCAUCCCAAUAUAAGUUCGGUUACUGGGGCAAUAUGUUUGGACAUCCUGAAAGACCAGUGGGCUGCAGCGAUGACUCUGCGCACAGUGUUGCUCUCACUACAGGCUUUACUAGCUGCAGCCGAGCCCGAUGACCCUCAGGACGCUGUAGUAGCCAAUCAGUAUAAACAGAAUCCUGAGAUGUUCAAACAGACCGCUCGGCUGUGGUCUCAUGUUUACGCCGGCGCCCCCGUCUCUAGUCCUGAAUACACACGCAAAAUAGACAAACUCUGUGCCAUGGGCUUUGACAAAAACGCAGUAAUAGUAGCUUUGUCUUCGAAGUCGUGGGACGUGGAAACGGCGACAGAACUUUUGCUUAGCAACUGAGACUUCCCCCGUCCUCAUUAGACCACAAUUACACAAUCCACUUUUCUUUUUUUCUUUUUAAAAAAC